AUGGCUUCCGUACUUACGCCUCUUGCAAUGCUCAUGGCAUUGACCGUACCGAGUGCCAUGGCGUCUUCGGACAGCAGCAGCACAACCGCAACUUCGCAGAGUCAAAAGGCCGCCACCAAGGCUUAUUUCGCCCACCUGAACAAGGCCUUGGCCUGGAACUAUCUUUGGGCGUUGCUGGGAGUGGCCGGCCUGCUCUUCGCCUACGCCACGUUUCAUCGCAUCGACACGUACGUCCGGCACCUGGCGUCGAUGGACCGACCUGGCUCGCUUCGAUACUUUUCUCAAAGCUCGUCCAACUUUUCGGCGAUCAAGAGCAAGCUCAUCUACGCUCCUCUCUACUACCGCCGCGCUCGCGAGGUCAAGAUCUCCCCGCAUGUCAACCUCGGGACACUUCCCACUCGUUUCCAGGCCCUCUUCAUCUUCCUGGUCGUGGCCACAAACGUAUUCGCCUGCGUAUGGGAAAUUCCGUGGUCCGAGCCGGAAUUGCAAGUCCUACCCAUCCUCCGCAACCGUACCGGCUGUCUAUCGGUCGUCAAUCUCAUCCCGAUAAUAGUGCUGAGCACGGUGAAGAAUCCAUUGAUAUCGCUAUUGAACAUCCCCUAUGACACCUUCAACCUCAUGCAUCGCUGGCUGGGCCGCGUGUCCAUCUUGCAAGGUAUCGCGCACAUGGUCUGCUACUUGAUUGCAAAAGUAGAGAAGAAAGGCUGGGCUGGAGUGAAGGAGUCGUUGCAGUCCAGUUUCAUCUACAGUGGCCUGAUCGCUGUCCUCGCCUUCACCGUCAUCCUCAUCCAGAGUCCCAAGGUCUUCAGGGCUCUCUCCUACGAGUUCUUUCUCCAUUUCCACAUUGUCCUCGUCAUCGCCAUGUGCAUCUUUCUCUGGAUACAUCUGGAUGGACUGCCACAGCGUCCUCAACUCCUGGGCUUCAUCAUUCUCUGGACGGCAUUCAGAGCUUGGAGGUCAAUGACAAUGUUGUACAGGAGCAUUGGGUCCCGCGCCUGCAAGGCCAACGUGGAGACCCUCCCAGGCGACGCUGUCAAGGUCACCAUCACCACCCCGCGGCCAUGGCAGCAUCGGCCCGGGCAGUCUCUUUUCCUGACCAUCCCCUCGGUUGGGCUUUGGACGGCACACCCCUUCUCGGUGGCCUGGUGGGGUGGUGGUGAAGAACAGCAGUCCCUCUCCAGAAGCAAUUCGACGAGGACUUUUGACGACGACAAGGCACCCAUCGUUCCACACAAGGACGUUGAAAUGAACAUUCAGCGCAGCCGGACCAUAUCCCUCAUCGUCAAGAAACACGGUGGCUUCACUCGAAAGCUGUGGGACCGUGCCUGGGGAGGAAGAGGGCUCCCCCUGAGCCUCAACGCGUACAUCGAGGGACCCUACGGCGACGAGCGAAGUCUGGCCAGCUAUGGCACCGUCAUGCUGUUCGCGGGCGGGGUCGGUAUCACGCAUCAGCUUCCGUACGUGAGGGAGCUCGUCGAGGGUUACGCGCAAGGGACCGUUGCCGCCCGAAGAAUCACCCUCGUCUGGGUCAUCCCCACCGUCGAAGUUUUGGACUGGAUCCGCCCGUGGAUGCACGAGGUGCUGCGCAUGCCGGGGCGGAGGGAAGUGCUGAGAGUGCUGUUGUACGUCACCCGCCACGGCCUGACUCAACCAAUCACCAGCCCCAGUGAGACGGUCCGCAUGUUGCGCGGCAGACCUGAUGUCCAGUCGCUCAUGGCAGAGGAGGUCUCACAGAAGACGGGCUGUGUAGGGGUAAGUGUCUGCGCGGGAGGUGGGUUGGCCGACGAGGUCCGACGGGCGUCGCGAGCCAUGUUGGACCAGGGAGCCAAUUUGGAUUACAUAGAGGAAGGGUUUGGGUGGUGAUUUGUACGAAGCCUUGCCCUAAACUUUUUUAGACCGGUCAUGUUGAAUUUUUCUUUUCGUGGAUUGGAACCUGGGUUUGCGAGCGGACUGAUGGGGAGUUAUGAGAUAGACAUGAACAAGGACGAGGUCGUACACGGAGUACAUUUUUGUCAGGUCGGAGCUCACGGUUGUGGGGGCGAAUAUACAGAGAUACCAAGAACUUGCUAGAGAAAGACAAU